GCCAACGGGCGCCGCGCGCCCGGCCUGGCGCGCUGCUCGGUGCUGAGGGGGGGGCUGCUGCUGGAGCUCUGGGCGGAGAACGCACGGCGCGCGGCACCUGCCUUCGAGGGCUGGCUGCGGCAGGCCGCCGCCAUCGAGAGGCAACCCCGUGGCCAGGGCACGGCGGCGCCCAGCGACGCUCUGAGGGACUUCCACUCCCGGCUGGGCGCGGCGUUGUCGCCAGGCGGCGGUUCGGACGGCGGCGAGAGCCAUGCCCGGGGGCCGUGGGCGGAGCUCACUACGCAGGCCUCCGGCGAGGGCCCGUUGUGGCCGCUGCUGGAGGCCUCGCGCCAGGGCGACGAGCUGGUCCUCGCUCUCUCCGAGGCCUCGGCGGCGCGCCUGCGCGCGGGCGCGGAGGCCGCGGCUGCAGAGACCGCCCGGCUGGGCUCCGACCUGCGGUGCCUGCGGGAGGAGACGACGCAGGCCGCCUCACGGCUGCAGCAGGACGCCGUGGAGGGGGCGCUGCGCGCCCAGGGCGAGGCCGAGGAGCGGCUGCGGCAGCUCGAGGAGCGCCUGCGCGGGCUGCUGGGCGAGGCGCAGGCGUCCUUCGAGAGGCGGACGGCCGAGGUCGCCUCCCAGGUCGAGGAGUCCGCGCGGGCGCUGGAGGCGCGGCUGCGGGAGGCCGACGGCGGCCUGCGGGCCGCGCUCGAGGCGGCGGACCAGCGGUCGCGGGAGGCCCGCGGGGAGCUGCGCGGCGCCCUGGAGGAUGCGGGGGCCAGACACGACGCUGGCCUGGCGGAGCUGAGGUCCCUCGUCGAGGAGGCGGGGACCAGGCACGACGCCGGCCUGGCGGAGCUGAGGUCCCUUGUCGAGGCC